AAAUUCCCCUUAACAAAACAAAACAAAACAAAACAAAACACAAGCAUUUCUUUCUUUCCAUUGUGCCUCUCUUUCUCUUCUCUUCUCUGGUUCCAACCCAAAUGGAGAGGUACAAAUGCAAGCUUUGCUCCAGAAAAUUCAUCAAUGGCAAAGCACUAGGUGGUCACAUGAAGGCUCACUUAGCCCCACUUCCCCUUCCUCCCAAGCCUCAACCACUCUCUAACCAUAACCACACUGCAUCCUUCUCAUAUUCACUUUCUUCUUCUGAAGAAGAAGAAGAGGCAGAGGAAAAGCCUCUGAUUUAUGGGUUGAGAGAAAACCCAAAAAAAAGUUUCAGACUUUCGGAUCCUGAGUCUGUUGUGCAAGACAGAGAGAGCGAGACUGAGUCAAAGAACCCAACUCGGAGACGAUCCAAACGAACACGAAAACCUCUUCAGAAUCCUAAACUGAUGAGCUUCAUGGAUUCACCAGAGCCUGUGAGCUCUGUUUCUGAUACUUCCCCUGACGAAGAUGUUGCCAUGUGCCUCAUGAUGCUCUCCAGAGACAGUUGGAGAAUCAGCAACAAUGUUGAUGUUAACGUUGUUGUUGUUGUCAAAGAAGAAGAAGAAAUGAAAUCAGAGGGGUUUCCUGAGAUCAACUUCAGGAAGGUUCGUGGGAAGCACCAAUGUGAAAACUGUGGGAAGAAGUUUCGAUCUUCUGGAGCAUUGGGGAGUCACAAAAGCAUUUGUGUUGGUGAUGAUGAAGAAGUCAGUGAUGAUAAAAUCUUCCAAUGCCCAUUUUGUGAGAAGGUUUUUGGGUCUGGUCAAGCACUUGGUGGACACAAGAGAUCUCACCUUUACCCAUCUUCAUCUUCAACUGCUAGUGGGUUCAAACAGAGCUUCUUCGAUCUCAACUUGCCAGCUUCACCAGAAGAAGAUGAUGACCUCAGUGUUGUUUCUGAUGCCUGAUGAUUUGGCUUCAUUCAUUUAGCUUCAUUGAUCUGGUUAAUGAUGAUUAUUAGUUGUUUUCUUCAAUUGGGUAAAGUUACAUUAUUUGUAAUUUUUUCCUUCUUUAAAAGUAGUUAAGAGCAGUUCAUUAUGGUUAGUGUUAGAUCAAAUGCUUUUGAUGAUGGUACAAUUAUAGUUUAUGAUUAAUGUUUUCACCAACUGCUUUAGA